UGUAGGACGGCGACGGCAGCUAUGGCGGGCGAGGCUGGCGACUCGGAGCGCGACGAAGACGAGGGCCAUGGCGGACGAGGGCAGCGAUCUAGUGGAGUCCGACGAUGGCCAUGGCGGACUAGGCCGACAGCGGCGGCGGCAGUGACGGACGAGGACUGUGACCUAGUGGAGUGCGACGGCGGCGGGCAGCGAUGGACAAGGACAGCGACCCAGUGGAGUGCAACGGCAGCGGCGACAAUGGACGAGGGCAGCGGCGGCGGUAGUGACAAACGAGGGCAAUGACUCAGUGAAGUGCGACAGCGGUGGCAACGGAUGAGGGUGGCCGCGGUGGCAACAACGAACAAGGGCCGUGACCCGUUGGAGCGUGCGACGACGAUGACAAUGGAGAGCGAUGGCAAUGGUGGUGGACAACGCGCGUCGAUGGAGAACCUGUCUCUCCUGGUGGGCCCUGUGACCUCGGGCCGAGCGUGUAGCCAGACGGCUAAUUAGUCAUCUGCUUCUCCUCUCUCUCUCUUCCCCUCUCUCCUCCAGCUCAUAAAAAAAAAUCUUAUGUGGACCAUUUACCGUCUACUAUUGUACCUGCUAUAAGGUUAAUGCAUGUACGAGUAUGAAAAAUGGGUAAGAAUUAGAGUACCAAACAAAACAAGAUGUUCCAAGUUUCAAGGAGCAAUUAUGUUGCAUGCAAAGCCAGAGAGGCGAAGAGAUCCGUGAACCAGGUAACACGAUUCUCCCCUUAAUUUUGUUUGCAGAUGAGCUCACUGCACGCACUGCGCACACAGGCACACAGCCAAUGCAAACUUGCACCGAAACGGUGACCCAUAUGUGACCCGGCCGGUGCGCGUCACCCGUCAAGAGACCGAGCCAACGACGCAAUCAAUUCCCCCCGGUUUUGUACUGGAUCCGGCGGAUCUCCACUUCUCCGCUCCCCAACACAAUCUUUGGCUCCCUUUUCCCAGAAAAGUUUUCGACAAGAUGGCGUGCAUCAUGUCAAGCCUUAACUGUAAACCUGUACUCAACUACUGCUACUACUACUCUGCUUGGCAGCAGGAGAACUGCUAGUGCUGCUAGUGUUACUGGUACCAUUACCACUGUAACUAUCCCAAGAUUUACUCAGCCUCAUCUUCUUCUUCCUCUACAAACUCCUCAUGAGCUAUAAGUAUCCUCCUACCUGUGCUGUGUGUGUAUCUUCCACAUCUCAAAGACACAACGGUUUCUUUGAGAGGUUGUUAUCCUCUGGUUUUUGUACUGCGGUAAUUUGUAAGUAGAGUACAGUAGCUAAGCUACACUACUAGUAGUAGUUUUGUGUGUUUGCUUGACAUGGGCCGGCUCUUCUUGUGUUUGGUGGUUGCAUGGUGUUGGGUUGCUCUGCUGCUUGUUGCUCCGGUGCAUGGACGUGUUGGCUUGCCCGGUGAGUUUAGUGGUGACCAGAGGCCAGUCCCGGCGACAUCUUUUGAUCUCGUGACAGAGCCGAAGACGAAGCAGCCGCGCGGCGUGAAGGGCACCCGCAGGCCGUCGUGGUCUUCUUGGUCGUCGACGGCGUCGAGAUCGUCGCCGCCGCCGGGGAGAGGGGCGCCCUCGGCCGCCGCGGCGGCGGAGCUCCGGUCAGUGCCGGCCGGCCCGGACCCGAUGCACCACCACGGCAGCCCGAGGCGGCCGGAGCACGCGCGCAGCACCGGCCGGCCAUGACACCCCCGCGCGCCGCCGCGUGUGCAAUAUUGCUCUGGAUGAGGCGGCGGCCGGCGAGCUAGCCGCCGGCGAACGGACGGACGGUGCAAAUCAAUAAGCCCCCACGGCGGCGUUUUGGUCUCCCCUUCUGCGUCAUGCUGCUGCUCCUGCAUAGUGGAAGUAGUAGUACACUCUAUUACUAGGAGCACUCCUCUAGCUAGCCUUGCUCAAGUGUGCCGUACUGUUUUGGCCUCACCUGCUUUGCUUCCGUACAUCUUGGCUGCAAGCUAGAAAGGCAUGUGCAGCUUGCCAGCGCCGCAUUGUUUUGGUCGAGCUCUGGUGGAGGGUGUACAAAACCAAUUAUCACGGUUAUUUUAGUUUUAGAAACCAUAUUAUAUCUCGCGAUAAUCAUACGGUUGCCGUGAUACUCGCUAAAUUGUGAGAUAGAGUUAAUGGUUUUUAAACCAUAUUGGUAAGUGUCUUUUGGGAUGGUUGGUAAAUAGAUUAUGAGAGGUGGGAUUGAAAAGGGAAAAUAGACGAAUGGCUAGUAUUAAAUAAGAUCCUAUCCCAUUUAGGGCCCCUUUGAAUCGCAGGGUAGAAAAAACGAAGGAAUAGGAAAAACACAGGAUUCAGACAGGAAUUGAAGUGUAAAACAGAGGAUUGCAAAACACAGGAAAAACAUAGGA